AUGGACAAGAAGGAACACACCGUCGACGAAGAACCCUGUCCGUCCCUGGGGAAGAUGGCGGAAGUCUCCGGGGGCAUGGACAAGGCCGCCGAGUUCCUUGCCCAGAAUGCGGUUGAGUUGCCGCCCAUGGCUCCCGAGAUGGAGAAGAGGAUUGUGCGGAAGCUGGACUGGAUUCUUAUUCCCAUGCUCUUCAUUACUGCCACCCUGGGAGCAGUUGAUAAGGUGACUCUCGGUACGGCGGCGAUCUACGGCCUUAGAACCGAUCUCCAUCUGAGUGGUGAGGAGUACUCCUGGGCCGGCUCCAUUCUGUCUGUUGGUGCUAUCGUUGGAAUGUGGCCCUCCUCGUAUCUCGUCCAUCGAUUACCAUCUGCAAAGUAUCUCUGUGCAUGCUCAAUCGGAUGGUCAGCGAUGAGCCUGUUGCUCCCAGCUUGUCACAAUGCCGGUGGCUUGUUGGCCCUGAGGUGCUUGAUGGGAUGCCUCGAGGCAAUCAUCGUCCCGAGCAUAUCACUGCUCGUUGCAGGAUUCUACAAGAAAGCAGAACAGCCUCCGCGGACGGCCAUCGUCUUCGCUGCCGUCAGCUCGGUCAUUAAUGGCUUCUUGUCCUGGGCUGUGGGACAGAUCCCGUCGUCUGCACCUCUUCAUACCUGGCAGUAUCUUUUUCUAAUCACUGGCUCCGUAUCAAUGGCUUGGUCGAUCGUUGCAUUCGUCUUCCUCCCCGAUUCCCCGAUGAACGCAUUCUUCUUCACCAGGGAAGAGAAGUUCUAUGCUAUCCAGCGCGUAUCAGAGAACAAAACCGGCAUUAUGAACAAGGAAUGGAAAUGGGAACAGGUGUGGGAGGCAGUCAUCGAUCCCAAGACGUGGAUUCUCUUCUUCUUCAACAUUGCAAUUAACAUUCCAAACGGAGGACUCAUUACCUUCAGCAACAUCAUCAUCAAUAAUCUAGGCUUCUCCGCCGUCAACACCUCGCUGCUCAAUAUGCCGACAGGAGUCAUGUCCACGCUGUCUUCCGUCGUGUUUUCGUGGAUCGCCGCUCGGUGGACGAACAGACGGUGUCUUGUCUCCAUACUGGCUGCGAUUGUCCCCAUGGUCGGGUCGAUUAUCGUGUAUACCCUCCCCCGGUCCAAUGUCGGUGGACAGAUGGUGGGGAUUUACUUGAUGUACGCCUACUUCGGGCCUUACGUUGUUGGCAUCUCUCUCGCUCAAGCCAACACAGCAGGCCACACCAAGAAAAACGUCCAAUAUUCCAUCCUCUACAUCGGUUACGCUGUGGGAAACCUCAUCGGUCCUCAGACCUUCCGAGCAAACCAAGCCCCCGCAUACACGGGCGGAUUCAUCGCCAUGCUCGCAUGUUACUGCAUCUGUAUCGUUCUCAUGGCCAUUUACUGGGUGCUGGCUGCGUUCUUGAAUAAGCGGCGCGAUGCCACGACAAACGGAGUCGAUCCUGAGCAGGUGGAGAAUGGAAAUGGUGAUGAGGAGGGUCUGGAGAUGUUUGCAGAUCGGACGGAUUUCCAGCAGAAGAAUUUCAAGUAUAUUACCUAG